CCGGUUAAAACUCGUUAUUUAAAUGCGAAUGAAAUAAUGCGACGAAGAAAACGUAACGAGGCACGUGUCAAAUAAAUAUAACUAUUAAUAAUAUAAAUAUCAAGGAAUAAUCGUGUGUAGGGGGCGGAACGGUUUAUAUGCUACUCCGUAAUCCGAGGGGAGGUCUAAAAGCGAGGACAUCCGUUAUUUGAGUGAGAGCAGUGCGCAUGCGCAGAGGUUAACGGGACACGUCAGGCUCGGAGUUGCAGGUUCAGAAGGUGAAGCUUCUGCAGAAGAGAACAAUAAAAUGGCGAAUUCUGUGAUUUCGGUGAUUUCCAGGUUUAUAGAGGAGUACGCGAGUAGCACGUCGGCCAAGCUGAAGCUGGUGGACGCGUAUUUGCUGUACAUCCUGUUAACAGGAGCGUUUCAGUUCCUCUACUGCUUGCUGGUCGGCACGUUUCCGUUUAACAGCUUCCUGUCCGGAUUCAUCUCCUGCGUGGGAUCGUUUAUUCUCGCAGUUUGCCUGCGUAUCCAGAUCAAUCCUCAGAACAAGGCAGAGUUUUUAUCCAUCUCGCCGGAAAGAGCCUUCGCCGACUUCCUGUUCGCCCACACCGUCCUGCACCUGGUUGUCAUCAACUUCGUCGGGUGAACGGACGGCCGUUGCUACGGUGAUGCGCACGAUCGACUGAAGAGAAGCGACAGAACCCUGGAGUCGUCUUUCACCUCUGUUUUCUGAUCCUGAAAAGCGAACCACAUUAAACGUGCACCCUUUUAUAUCUAAACGUUCAGUAACACAUUACAAAACAUUUCCAAAUCAGCCACUACUCCAAAACCAGCCUUUACAGAUCAUUCAGUAGAAACAUCAUGUUCGAGUUUUAAGUGUAGAUUUGGGCUCUUUAUUGGUUUUUCUUUUGCAGCAUCAAAAUGAACCAAGCAGUCGGUAAUCGAUGCUUCUGCACCUCAUCGAAAAACACUUUUGUACUUGUUGAUCUUUACAAAUAAAUAAUAUGAGACCAAUGA